AUGGCGAAUUCCCCAUUUCUGCUCAGCUUCAUCACUAUCCUGUUUGCCGUCUUUGCAAUUGCGGGCAUCGGACCCAAUGCUGAUCUGAUCAUCUCCAACGCCAACAUAGCUCCGGACAACUUCCCUCGCCCUGCGAUUGUAAUGAAUGGCGUCUUUCCCGGGCCGCUCAUCACUGGCAACAAGGGCGAUCGCUUCCAAAUCAACGUCAUCAACCGAUUGACUAACCAUACUAUGAACAAGACGACCAGUGUUCAUUGGCAUGGCAUCACUCAAAAGGGUACGAAUUGGGCGGACGGGGCGGCAUUUGUCAACCAGUGUCCAAUCGCCAGCGGGAACUCAUUCUUGUAUGACUUCCAGGUCCGUGGUCAGGCCGGUACUUUCUGGUAUCAUAGCCACCUCUCGACUCAGUAUUGUGAUGGUCUGAGAGGCCCACUCGUCAUCUACGACCCUGAGGAUCCUCACGCUUCUCUUUACGACGUUGACGACGACUCGACUGUGAUCACCCUUGCGGAUUGGUACCACCUUGCUGCCAAAGUCGGUUUCAUCUUCCCUAAUGCGGUGCCCGGAACUGGGUUCGACGCAACUCUCAUCAACGGUCGAGGUCGUAGCCGCGAGACGCCAACAGCUGAACUCGCAGUGAUCUCAGUGACUUGGGGGAAGCGCUACCGCUUACGCCUGGUUUCGAUAUCAUGCGACCCAAACUUCGUCUUCAGCAUUGACAAUCACGACUUAACCGUCAUAGAAACCGAUGGCAUUGAGACUCAGCCUGUCACCAUCAACGCCAUCCAGAUAUUUUCUUCUCAGCGGUACUCGGUCGUCCUCACUGCGAACCAGACGAUUGGCAAUUAUUGGAUCCGAGCCCAUCCCAAUGACGGUAAACUCGUCGGCUACACAGAAGGCUAUAAUUCAGCAAUCUUGCGCUACGAUGGGGCACCUCCCGUCGAACCCAAGACGUCCCAGCAGGCGACCCAGAACCUUCUCAAUGAAGUCGAUCUGCACCCUCUCGUCCCAAGAAAGACGCCUGGCACUCCUACGAAGGAUGGUGUCGACAAGGCUAUCAGCAUGCGUUUCAGUUUUAACAAAAGCAGCUAUAACUACUACAUCAACAAUGUCUCCUUUGUUCCUCCAACCACUCCUGUCUUGCUGCAGAUUCUGAGCGGGGCGCAGUCCGCGCAGGACCUCAUGCCACGCAACAGCAUAUAUGCGCUUCCGAUGCACUCAUCCAUCGAGAUCAGUUUCCCUACGUCCGCUAGUGCUGUGGGUUUCCCCCAUCCAAUCCAUCUGCACGGUCUUAGCUUCGCUGUGGUCCGCAGCGCCGGCUCAACUGCAUACAACUAUGACAACCCAGUCUGGCGUGACACGGUCUCGACUGGUAACAGCACCACCGACAAUGUCACGAUUCGCUUCCGAACCGACAACCCUGGCCCGUGGUUCCUCCACUGCCACAUCGAUUCCCAUCUCGACACUGGGUUCGCCGUUGUUAUGGCUGAGGACAUCCCGGACGUCAAGUCUGCCGACCCGGCUCCCCAUGCCUGGUCAGACCUUUGUCCUGUAUACGACGCGCUCUCGUCUGACGACUAUUGA